GUUAUUCAACCGGAUCCCUUAUUACUGGAAUAAUAUCAACCUUUAGAAAUGAUCUCUCGUAAUUUAAGGGCUAGUAAGUCUUGCCAAAGAGCAGCCAUGAUGGUGUUAAGAUCGCAAACUAGAUCCAUAGCUAAUACCACUUUAAGAAAAAUCCCCGCUGCAGUCGGAUCAGGUUCCGCUGCCGUUAGACCACAACCUUCUCCUGCUUUCAACACUGAAAAUGAUGGUCCUCAAAUUGAACCUCAUUCGCAUAAUAAAGCUAUAAAAAGAAACCGCAAGGACCAAAUUAUGGACGAUUCGUUUAUUGGCUUAACCGGGGGGGAAAUCUUCCAUGAAAUGAUGUUGAGACAUAAUGUUGAUACCGUGUUUGGUUACGCUGGUGGUGCGAUUUUACCUGUAUUUGACGCUAUUUACAACUCCGACAAAUUCAAGUUUGUCAUGCCAAGACACGAACAAGGGGCCGGACAUAUGGCUGAAGGUUACGCUAGGGCUACUGGUAAACCCGGUGUUGUUGUAGUCACUUCUGGUCCUGGUGCUACCAAUGUCAUUACCCCAAUGGCCGACGCUUUGAUGGAUGGUGUUCCAUUGGUUGUCUUCACCGGUCAAGUUCCAACUACUGCUAUUGGUACCGAUGCCUUCCAAGAAGCUGACGUUAUUGGUAUUUCUCGUUCUUGUACUAAAUGGAACGUCAUGGUUAAGAAUGUUGCUGAAUUGCCACGAAGAAUCAACGAAGCUUUUGAAAUUGCCACUACCGGCAGACCAGGUCCUGUUUUGGUUGAUUUACCAAAGGAUGUCACUGCUGCCAUCUUGAAAGAAUCUAUUCCAAUAAAUACCACUUUACCAUCCAACGCUUUAAGUCAGAUCACCAAGAAAGCUGUUAGUGAAUUCACUUCCGAGGCCAUUAGAAGAUCUGCCGCUAUUUUGAAUAAGGCCAAGAAACCUAUUCUUUAUGUUGGAGCAGGUGUUUUAAACAACGAAGAAGGCCCAAGAUUAGUCAAGGAAUUGGCAGAAAGAGCAUGCAUUCCAGUCACCACCACUUUACAAGGUUUAGGUGCUUUUGAUCAAAGGGAUCCUAAAUCUUUGGAUAUGUUGGGUAUGCAUGGUUCUGCUGCUGCCAACACCGCAAUGCAACAAGCCGAUUGUAUUAUUGCUCUUGGUGCUCGUUUCGAUGAUAGAGUCACUGGUAACAUCGCUAAAUUCGCUCCAGAAGCUAAAUUGGCUGCUUUAGAACGUAGAGGUGGUAUCUUACAUUUUGAAAUUUCUCCAAAGAAUAUAAACAAGGUUGUUGAAGCAACUGAAGCUAUUGAAGGUGAUGUCACCUCCAACUUAAAGUCAUUCAUUCCAUUGGUACAUUCAGUUGAAUCAAGACCAGACUGGUUCGCCAAAGUCAACGAAUGGAAGGAAAAAUACCCAUACUCUUACCAAGAAGAAACCCCCGGUUCCCUCAUAAAACCUCAAACCUUAAUCAGAGAAAUCUCUAAACAAGCCCAAACUUAUGAUAAGGAAGUUAUCGUUACCACUGGUGUUGGUCAACAUCAAAUGUGGGCUGCUCAACACUUCACUUGGACCAAGCCAAGAACUAUGAUUACUUCUGGUGGGUUAGGUACUAUGGGUUUCGGUUUGCCAGCCGCUAUUGGUGCUCAAGUUGGUAAACCAGAUGCUAUUGUCAUUGAUAUUGAUGGGGAUGCUUCUUUCAACAUGACUCUAAUGGAAUUAUCCUCGGCCGUUCAAGCUGGUGCCCCAAUCAAGGUUUGUGUUUUAAAUAAUGAAGAACAAGGUAUGGUUACCCAAUGGCAAUCCCUUUUCUACGAACACAGAUACUCUCACACCCAUCAAAAGAAUCCAAACUUUAUGAAGUUGGCUGAAGCUAUGGGUGUUCAAGGUAUUAAGGUUUCUACACAAGAAGAAUUGGUUUCUGGGGUUAAGGAAUUCUUGGAUGCCAAGGGUCCUGUUUUAAUGGAAGUUAUUGUUGAAAAGAAGGUUCCUGUUUUACCAAUGGUUCCUGCUGGUAAGGCCCUUGAUGAUUUCAUUUUAUGGGAUGCAGAAGUUGAAAAGGAACAAAAUGAAUUAAGAAAGCAAAGAACAGGAGGUAAAUAUUAGGCGAUCAAAAAAUCUUUCAUAUGAAUGUUCUCGUGUUAUAAUUAUGACAGUUGACUUUUCUAUUUAUCAAAAAUAUAUAUAUUACAUGUAUUUAACGGAAGUGUAGUGUAACUAAAACUAGCAUUGU